UAGUUAAGAUCUCAUAUUACCAUUAUCAUUGUAUCAAUUUACAGUAACCCCUGUGAAGUUUUGUUAUUUCUCAUAAGAAAAAUGGCUAAAUUUAUAAUUUUAAUAUCUGUGGUAUUACUUAGUGUGUACCUAACAGAACAAGCACAUUUCUUAAGUAAAAGUUAUGUCGACGCAAUUAACAAAGUAGCUAAAACAUGGAAGGCUAAACAAAAUUUUCCCGAGUAUAUGACCAAAGAAGAAAUCGUCCGAUUAUUAGGUUCGAAACGUCUCAUAGGCGAUCAUGAAAGUCCAAUUAAGGAAAAUGAUAGCGAAUACAUGGAAGAUAGUGAAAUUCCAAAAUUCUUUGACGCAAGGAUAGAAUGGAGUCGCUGCAAAACAAUUGGACAAGUCCGUAACCAAGGAAAUUGUGGAUCCUGUUGGGCUCAUAGUACCACCGGAGCGUUCGCUGACCGUUUGUGCAUAGCGACGAAUGGAGAUUUUAAUGAACUCAUAUCAGCCGAAGAGUUAACUUUUUGCUGUCAUAAAUGUGGUUUAGGAUGUCAUGGAGGUAACCCGUUGAGAGCAUGGCAAUAUUUCAAAAGUCACGGUGUUGUUACCGGAGGCAACUACAACACUACCGAUGGAUGUCAACCGUACAGAGUACCACCUUGUGUAGUAGACGAAGAGGGACAUAAUUCAUGCUCGGGAAAACCAUCAGAACGUAAUCACAGAUGUAGAAAGAGCUGUUACGGUGACAAAACAUGCGAUUACAAGAGUGGACAUUACAAAACGAAAGACGCAUAUUAUGUCGAGGACAUCGAUACAAUGCAAAAAGACACGAUGGUGUACGGACCAAUCGAAGCGUCAUUUGAUGUUUACGACGACUUUGUGAAUUACGGAUCCGGAGUUUACCAAAAGUCCGAGAACGCAACGAAAUUGGGAGGACACUCUGUCAAAAUGAUCGGAUGGGGCGAAGAAAAUGGCACACCGUAUUGGCUGAUGGUUAACUCUUGGGGCGAACAAUGGGGCGCCAAUGGAUUGUUUAAAAUACGCAGAGGCACAAACGAAUGUGGAAUUGAAAGUUUGCCUUCAGCAGGCGUGCCUUUAGUAUAAGUCGCGUACUAUAUUAUUAUUAUUAUGUUGAUAUUAUGUUAUACGUCAUUAUAUUAUAAUUUACUCACUUAUUGUUUAUGUAUAAAACUAUAUAUAAUAUACUCGUAUUACUAUGA